UUCACACUUGGCUCCCUCGCUCGCUCGCUCGCUCGCACUGACAACCUGGGUGGCCGGCUGGCCGCCACCGCACACCUCUGCUGUGGUCUACCGCCCCUCUUCGCUCCCGCUCCCGUCGUCGGUGAGCCGCGCCCGUCCACCCUCUCACCGAUGGCUUCGGCGGCCGCGAGGGGCGCCGCGGUGCGCUCCCCUCUCCUCGUCCACCACCGCGUCCCCCUGGUACAUCCCAGCGGGGGAGGCUCGCUCCGGGUCGGCUGGCCCGGAAUUGGGCCCGGACGGGAGGGGCGGCGGCGGGGCGCCCCGGUUGGGGCUAGGGUUUUCGCGCGCUACUCCCAGGCCCAGGACUUCUCCACACGCCUCCAAGAUAGAGCUGGUGAGCUGCCUAAGUUAGUCGAGGACCUUAUCCAGACAUCGAUUAGCACAGGGCCUCGAGGUGCUUUCAGGAUGGCCCAAGGGAUCCAAGCUGUGCUUGGGGUUGGUGGGGAGUGGCUGAAUGACCUCUCAAAGACAGCCAACACAUCAGCAGGAAUUCCAUCUCAGAUGCAGCUUGGUUUGCUUUCUCCACUUUACCUUCGAAGGCUUUUUGAGCGCAUGGGUGCCACUUAUAUCAAGUUAGGCCAGUUUGUAGCAUCUGCGCCAACUUUGUUUCCUGCAGAAUAUGUUGAGGAAUUCCAGAAAUGCUUUGACCAAGCACCAGCUGUCCCAUAUGACGUGAUUGAAUCAAUAUUACGUGAGGAGCUGCAGCGGCCAUUAGAUAGUGUGUAUGAAUACAUUGAUCCGGUGCCAAUAGCCUCUGCCUCAAUAGCACAGGUUCAUGGGGCUAGGUUGAAGAGCUCUCAGAAAGAUGUGGUGAUUAAAGUUCUAAAGCCUGGUAUUGAAGAUACUUUGGUUGCUGAUCUGAAUUUUAUCUAUGUUGUUGCACGUGUUUUAGAGUUCUUGAACCCUGAACUACAAAGGACAUCACUGGUAGGCAUUGUAAAGGAUAUAAAGGAAUCAAUGCUUGAGGAAGUUGACUUUAGAAAAGAGGCUGCAAAUAUUCAGGCAUUUCAGGGAUACAUUGAUGCAAUGGGGUUUGACAGGCAGGCAAAAGCCCCAUUUGUGUAUCAGCACUGUAGUACAAAACGUGUAUUGACUAUGGAAAGAUUGUAUGGAGUUCCGCUUACUGAUCUUGAUUCUAUAAGAUCUCUUGUUCCUGAUCCUGAGUUGACUUUAGUCACUGCCCUUAAUGUCUGGUUUGGAAGCUUAAUUUCAUGUGAAUCCUUCCAUGCUGAUGUACAUGCUGGAAACCUAUGGUUGCUCCGUGAUGGGCGAAUUGGUUUUAUUGAUUUUGGGAUUGUUGGUCGAAUAUCUCCAAGAACUUGGGCAGCUAUGGAGGUCUUUUUGGCUUCUUUUGCAACUGAGGAUUAUGAUGCUAUGGCCUCUGCCCUCUCUGAAAUGGGUGCUACAGGGAAUGAUAUAAAUACUAAUGAAUUUGCAAAGGACCUGCGAAAGAUAUUCUCAUCGAUACAGGACCUGGAUACUGAAAUCAUAGUGGCAACAGCAAGGACCCCUGAUGCUACAGCAGUAUCUGCUAAUGUUGUCCUUGAUGAGAGGCAGAUGAAUGCUCUUUUUCUUGAUCUGGUCAGGGUGAGCGAGUCUUACGGGCUGAAAUUUCCUCGGGAGUUUGCUCUUCUCAUGAAGCAGCUGCUGUAUUUUGAUCGCUACACAAGACUGCUGGCUCCCAGCAUGAACAUGCUGCGAGACGAGAGGAUCAACAUCUCCACCAAUCGACAACCAAGAAGAACUGAUAGAUUUCAGUGAAGCCACGUCGUUAGUCACCGGCCACGUACUAGAGGAGUCGUGAUGGGCGAUAAUAGCAAGCUCAUGUGACCCAAUACUGUAUAUAGUUUUGCCAGACCAGCAUAGAAAUGAACCACACGCUAGAAAUUGUACACUCCGUCGUAUUCUGGGAUUGAGCGUUAUAUCGUACUAGUAGGUAACAUGUAAAGGCUGUAUCCCACGACCAAAGUAAAUUUCAGAUGAACUGCUUUUGUCUC